AUGGCUUCCACCAUCGCCGACGGCCAAAUCUACGCCGUCAUGAACAUCGCCUCCAAGACGGUCCUCGACCUGGACGACGGCAAGGGCGGCAACAACGUCAACGUCUCGGGCUGGGACCCGGCGUUCCCGACGGCGGCCCAGAACCGCCUCUGGAAGUUCGAGCGGCACGGCGACUUCUGGAAGCUCUUCAACUACAAGUCCGGCACCGCGCUGACCAUGCAGAACGGCGCCUCGGGCAACGGCACCCCCGUCGUCGGCUCGGAGAGCUUCGACUCCGAUCGCCAGCUGUGGCGGUUCGCGCUCAACUCCGUCUCGAAGAAGCCCCCUUUCUUCAGAAUCACGAACAAGGAGUCGGGCACUGUCGUCGACCUCAACGACGGUGGUUCAGGCAACGGUACGAAAAUUCAAGGUUGGGACAACAACACCAACACCAGAAACCAGGAGUGGGUUUUGGUGUCGAUUACUCCUUAG